GAGAGAGAGACAGACAGACAGACAGAGAGAGAGAGACACAGAGAGAGAGACAAGCAGACAGACAGACAGACGGUGAGAGACAGUGAACAACUUGAACAACUACAACAACUAGAACACCUAGAACAACUAGAACACCUAGAACAACUAGAACAACUAGAACAACGAGAACAACUAGAACAACGAGAACAACUAGAACAACUAGAACAUCUAGAACAACUUAAACAACUACAACAACGAGAACAUCUAGAACACCUAGAACAACUAGAACUAGAAAAACUAGAAGAUCUAGAACACCUAGAACGACUAGAAGAACUAGAACAACUAGAACAUAUUGAACACCUAGAACAACUAGAACACCUCGAAAAACUACAACAACUAGAACAACUAGAACAACUACAACAACUAGAACAUCUAGAACAACUUGAACAACUAGAAUAACUAGAACUAGAACAACUAGAACAACUAGAAUGACUAGAAUGAGUAGAACAACUUGAACAAUUAGAACAACUAAAACAUCUAGAACAACUUGGACAACUAGAACAACUAGAACAUCUAGAACACCUAGAACAACUAGAACAACGAGAACAACUAGAACAACUAGAACAUCUAGAACAACUACAACAACUAGAACAUCUAGAACACCUAGAACGACUAGAAAAACUAGAACAACUGGAACAUUUAGAACAUCUAGAACAACUAGAACAUCUAGAACAGGGGGAGGCCGAGAGGGAGGGGGGAGGAGGGGGAGGAGGACGGAGGUAA